AUGUCUUUCUCGCGGUUGAUUACUCUGACUACAAUCACCGCCGGCGCUUUGGCCCAACUGAAAACCUGUUCGAACAAUGGCACGCUGAGCUGCCAGAGCUCAUCCAAGGCUCCAACCUGCUGCUACAAUUACCCGGGCGGAGCUCUCCUGCAGACUCAAUUCUGGGAUACGGACCCCACAACUGGCCCAAGUGAUUCAUGGACAAUCCACGGACUGUGGCCUGAUAACUGCGAUGGGACCUACCAGUCAAGCUGUGACUCCUCACGCGCAUACACCAAUAUUUCUGAUAUCCUAAGUGCGCAGGAUCGCACCGACCUGCUCUCUUAUAUGCAAACAUAUUGGGUCAAUGAUGACGGCAGCAACGAGGAGUUCUGGGAACAUGAGUGGAGCAAGCAUGGUACCUGUAUCAACACUAUCAAGCCGAGCUGUUACACCAACUACUCUCCACAGGAGGAAGUUGGAGAAUUCUUCCAGAAGGUGGUUGAUCUGUUCAAGGGGUUGGACACUUAUCAGGCACUGUCCUCGGCCGGUAUCACCCCGGACGACUCAAAGACAUACGAGCUCAGCGAUAUCCAGGCCGCUCUGUCCAAGCUACAUGGCGGGUCAGCACCGUAUGUUGGCUGCGAGGAUGGCGCACUGAACCAAAUGUACUACUUUUUCAAUGUGGCUGGCAAUGCUAUUGAUGGCCAGUAUUAUCCUACUGCUCCGCUUGAGAAAUCAAACUGUCCAAGCAGUGGCGUCAAGUACUUGCCCAAGGGUAACUAA